AGUGGCGGUGUCGGUGCGGGCCGGGUGAUGCAGAGCGCGAUGCUGCUGGCGCUGCGGCCCGGCGGGCGGCACUCGGAGCGGGGCGGGCGGCGCCGCGGGGAGCUGGAGGAGGCGGAGAAGGGCCGCAUGAAGAGGACGAUCAUUAAGGACUGGAAGAAGAGGCUGAGCUACUUUCUGCAGAACUCUUCCACUUCCACCAACAUGAAAGCCAAUAAGGGGGGGAAGCACCACGCCUACUUCAGGCCUUCCCCUGAAGAAGCUCGGCUGUGGGCAGAAGCCUUUGAUGAACUCCUUGCUAAUAAAUAUGGUCUUGCUGCUUUCCGAGCCUUUCUGAAGUCUGAGUUCUGCGAAGAGAACAUUGAGUUCUGGCUGGCCUGCGAGGACUUCAAGAAAACCAAGUCACCCCAGAAGCUCACGUCAAAAGCAAAGAAGAUCUACAAUGAUUUCAUUGAGAAGGAGGCUCCCAAAGAGAUAAACAUAGACUUCCAAACCAAGAACAUAAUCGCGCAGAACAUCCAAGAAGCUACGCAUACUUGCUUUAGCGCAGCACAGAAGAGGGUUUACAGCUUAAUGGAGAACAACUCGUACCCCCGGUUUUUGGAAUCUGAGUUCUACCAGGAGUUGUGCAAGAAGACACCUAUCACCAGCACGGCCCAAGGGACAUGAGCUGUGGAGCUAUGAGCUUGCUCUUCGCAAGGAGAAGCCUUUUAGUCACUGAGGAAGCAAGCCACAGCUGACCUGAAAGACUGAGGUACUGAGUACUCAGUCUGUUUUCCACGGUGCAAAAGGACAACUACUGACUUCAGUGAAAGCUGAUGGUAAAGAAUGACAUUGUCAGAGGGCAGCAGAAGCGUGCCAGGCAGCUGCUGGCGAUGCACUUAUCUGAGCGCUGCAGUGGAAAGGUGCCUUCAUGCCUCAGACCGAGCUGUGCAGUGUAAAGUCCUUGUCACAGCUGUGGUGUUGAUAGAGCAGGUCAGAACAGGGCUUCCUUGUUGUAAACAGAAGUGGCUCUGUACAGUCGGGCAGUGCUGGGAACUCGAGUUGGGUAUUUCUCCUAAACAUCAACCAGUAUUGCUGUCAUCAGUCACUCGGUAUUUUAACACCGGUUGCGUAAACUGACACCAGUUGAAAAGAAAUGUGUUGGGUUUGUGUGUGACUCGUAGACACUGCUACCACUGUCGCUACGCUGUGCGAAGUGAGGAAGGGAGAUCCCCCUGUUCCCAGAGGGACAGGUUGUACAGCUGAGCAUCCAGGGCUGGGUUGUGCCAGCAGGGCUGCACAAGGCCAGACAGAGGGCGAAACUUGGCCACAGCGAACAGGAGCUAUGUAGUAUUAUAUUUAAAGGUGGAUUAUGAUUGUGUUGAAUUCUGCAAUAAUGUCAUAAUUCUGUCUCAAGGACAGCAAGCUUCAGUGAAGUCUUAUUGUUUUUAAUAAACUAUUUUGAUACAA